AUGAUAGGUAGACCUCUGUGGUUUGAUCAAUCGACUAGGCUAGGUAGGAGAAUGGGAUUUCCAAAAUUCUGUGUUGAAAUGUCUAUUGACUCAUUGUUUCCUGAGACUCUGAAACUGGUCCCAGAUCACAAGUCGACAUUUGAGGUGAGUUUGGAGUACUGCAAUAGGCCAAUUGGUUGUAAGAAGUGCAGGGUAUUUGGGCAUCAGUAUGACAAUGUUGGGGAUGUGAGAGAGGAGGAUCUGGGUAGUCAAGUGCAAGCUGUGACUGAGGAUGUGGGGACUGUUACUGGAAAUGCUAGUUAA